AUGGCGUCAGGUCGCGAUUCACCGAACCUCUCCACUAUUGUGUCAGGCCUUCAUCUGAUUUUUACACUCACAUCAGUCGCUUUUUUCACGUACAAAGUUUAUUUCUUGGAGAAUGAACUGUCCUUAAUUAGAAGAGAAGUGCCUUUUCGUACAGCCCAAGAGUCAACUGUCGACAAAGCAACUCCACCUAGCAUAGUUCAAAGCCGCGAAGAGCAAAGAAGUGGACGGAACGGCCGAGCCGGAAAGAGGAAAUCGGAAUCGUCAUCAGCAACCGACAUGCUCAAAGCAGUAUGUGUCCAGAAAUUGCUCAACAAUCUUCAGGUUUGUAACGUAUCUCUGUUUUGAACACUUGACUGAGACAGCCAAAGAGAAUCCAAAUCGCGAACGAAGGUUCAUUAAUUGCCGGACGUCACUUUAUAUAACAAAUAUCCAUUCUCUGAAUCAUUUAUUUUAUCUUGUGUUGACUACCUAUAAAUAUACCUUAGUUAAAUUCACGCAAUAUGUUAGGCGAUCAUAAAUUAAUGAUUGAAUCUGUUAUCGACCGACAGUACGGUGAGGAAUUUGACCCAAAAUGAGCCGGAAGGUCGCUUCAAAAGGCUGGUCGGCGUCGCGCAAACAAAAGGAUUUCGUGAUUACCGCAUUCAGCAUAUGGACUGCGUUCACAGGUCUUUCCACCUAUUUAUUUACUGCUUUGUUGGCGGAGCCUUUGAAAAAAUGAGGGCUCUCUGGAUUGAACACUUUUAUUGAAAUGAACAAACCUCCGUAAGAUAGCUUACUGAUCAUCGCGAGACUUAAGAUAUUUCGGUCGUGUUUAGUAGCUCUAGGAUAUUUUAACAUUUGAAUAAACGGCUUUCGAGGCAUGGCAAAAUUGUUGAAAAGUCGCCAGCGGUGGGGGACUUGACGUGUUAUGUAGCGCUAGCCACAACCUUCUCCUCUCCUCGGCAAAUGUCUUUCCUCUAGUUAGUGUUUGAUAAAGGAGAUGGUAUAAUUUUAAAGGUGAUACUUUUGGAGGAUUGAUUCGGGAAUAGAGAGCUGACCCAGUUUGACAUUAAGAUUUAAAAGUACCUUUACAGAAUCCUAUUUCUUGUUUUUUCCUUUUACAAUUAAAGGUUGCUGAUGACGUGGUUAAUGGAACUGGAAAAGUCGUCUGUAUGAAAGGUCAGUGUGUCAUAACAAGCUUAAUAUAGAGUACUCUCUUGGUUCAAUAUCAUGUUUUUUUCCCAGUUCGGCUAUUUAACAAUUACUUUGAGCUACUUUGCUUAGUUGAUCGAAUGACGUACUGGCUUAAGCUUAGUCUUAACUGAUUGAUUUAUUGGAUAUGCCCAAAAUUUCCAUUACAAAAAAGGCAAAUAACAUUAGCAUAUACACCGUAUUCUCAAAUGGCGGACACGCGGGAAAAAACUGGUGCCUAGUCAUGAAAGCGAGGCGUUGGAGGAUAAACAAAAAUUGCAAAUGAAGACUUUCAGUGAACUUGCAGAGUGUUUAGCACGGAUUCCACCUAAAAUAACUUUUUACGGACUUCUUUUUAAAUACAAUUACGUGGGAUGUCUUCUGCUUUUAAUGUUUAGUAGCUAUUUGCUGUUUGCAAUCAAAAGGGACGCGUAUAUCUUCAGGAAACAGGAUGAUUUUGUAGGUUUCCGAAGCAUCGAUCAGAAGCUCGAAGAGUAGGCGAUCGCUGGAGAAAAGCGGCAAACAUGUUGGCCCAAACUUCACACUGAAACCGAAUACGAAAGCCGGAUCACUACAAUUCUGUAUUGGAUUAGAUUAAUUCCGUCGCUUUGGAGGAAAUUGUUAGAGGUACGUUGGCAGAGCUUAGCAAACAUCUCAUGAUUUCUUUGUCAUUGCGAAACAAUUAAAAAUAAUUUUAUCAAAAUUAGAAGCUGUAGUGUGUGAAUCUUAUGGCUUGCUAUUUGCCUGGUUUCUUUUAGGGCAUUAUCUCAGAGAGCUCUUGGUAAAAAAGUGGUAUAAAGCUUACAUUUUACUAGGUUAAAAUUUUAAGGCAAUGUUUUUGUCAGGACUGAACACGGCAAGCUUCUGUUUCGAAUAAUUGAAUUCGAGUCUGGAUCAGUUUAAGAAGACCAUCAUUUUAUUUAUUUAUGUAUUCUUCAACUUUAAAAUAUUAUGAAACAUAAAGUUAAAACUCUUAACAGCUAAAGGUAAGAAAUACGAAAUUACUCGCUGAAAUGAUAUGUGGCCGGCUUACCGAGUCUGCCGAGUAACAAGUUGAAAUUUUGAGCGUACUCCUCUCGAUCGCUUCCGCACAUUAAAAAUAAAUUACCGAAAAACCGCUUAAAAAAAAGGUCAACCCCGCUGUCUAAUUGAUGUUCUUCAUUGAUAAAGACCAGAGAAUAACGUCCUGGCAAACAAAAACCAAACAUAACUUCAUCGAAACCUCAGUCACCUCUUCUUUCCUGUCUUCCUUUUUUCCAUCUCGACUUGAACUGUUUUGUUCAACGGCAGACGUCUCUUGCGUUAACAGUUGCAAGUAGGCCAUACAUCUGUCGCUUAUUUCCUUUUUUCUUGCCACCAAGAUUUGUUUAUAUUUCUGUUUCACCGAAUUGCAGUGAGCUGGCUUUCGUACUCGGUUUCAAAGUGAAGUUUGGGUCAACAUGUUUGCCGCUUUUCUCCAGCCAUCGUCCACUUGUCAAGCUUCUGAUGCUUCGGAAACCUACAAAAUCAUUCUGUUUCCUCGAAGAUUUACGCGUCCCUUUUGAUUGCAAACAGCAAAUCGCUACUAAACAUUAAAAGCAGAAGACAUUCCACGUAAUUGUAUUUAUAAAGAAGUCCGUAGAAAGUUAUUUUAGGUGGAAUCCGUGCUAAACACUCUGCAAGUUCACUGAAAGUCUUCAUUUGCAAUUUUUGUUUAUCCUCCAACGCCUCGCUUUCAUGACUAGGCACCAGUUUUUUCACGCGUGUCCGCCAUUUGUGAAUACGGUGUAUAGAGAAAGAAAAUAAGUAUCAUAUGUUACUAAAAAGUAAAAGAAACAUGACUUCAUACCAGUCAAUAGGUGCAGUACGUUGUGUAGCAUCAUGUUAUUGUAAUGCAAAAAAAGUCCCGACACCAUGGUAUAAAACUAUAUAGGCAAGGCAUAAUCGACCUUUUUUCUUUUUUUACGACGAGCAAAAGUAGUUUAGGGUAAAACGAGUUGAAAUCUUCGGCAACCAGUCUGAUUAGAUUUGAUUGUAAAUUGGCAUAGCGAGAUGUUCGCUGGGCAGAUAUUAAUUACCAAUUUUAUGACGAGUCGAGUAUGAACAGUGCAAUCCGUGAUAUUCUAAGACGUUUUUCGUAGCUUUCUUGAUUGAUCUGACUUCUUGUGUUAUGAUUGCAAAACGACGUUUGAGUACUGAGCGCACUGAUAAAAACAUAUGGUGUUACGCGUGCUUUUUUUUUUCGUGAGGCUUAAUGAUCCCGGGAAAUCAAGAGGUUAAUUAGAUUUCGUUUAUGUUCCAUUUUUUUACUUAACCUAUAGUUUAAACUACAACCCUCGUCAAACUCUUGGAACAAUAACGCCGUAGCUCGUCAAAUGGAGGCAUCUUUCCUCCCCCUUUUUUCCCCGGUGCAGAGUGUUGACGUUAUACAAUCAAGUUUUUAAUUGCACAUAAUCAACACUGCUUGGGGAAGAGAGGGACAGCGGAAAUAGCAGAGGUAGAAUAUGUCUGAGUUAAUUUAGCAAAGUGCGUCUUUGUGUCUAAUUUCCUCAGCCGGUACAUUCGGUGCGCUCGGUACAGUCGGUACAGCCGGUACAGCAUGCACUCUCGGUACAGCCGGAACCGACUCUGACUUGGUACAAAUGGGUACGGCCGGUCUUUUCUAUUGCUGACAAUAGCUGUUGUCGAAGGAGGAUUCUUUGACAUCCACUUUACUUCAUAGUUAUCAAGGCAUACAACACCUGUUCUGAUGACAUUGAAUAUACGCACAAGGCAUAAUAAACUAAAACUGAGGAAGAGGGUCCAAAAUAUGGUUGGCUUUACAAAACUAAUGAAAUAUAGUCUCAUCUUGAUGGAAAAUACUAACAAACGCAUACAUGAUAAUUUCUCCAUUAAAAAAUCCUAGUCCUCUCGCGAGCUGGCCAAUCAGAGAGCCGCUUUGGAUAGGUGGAGGACGACCACAAGUGCCCCAAGAUUUUUUCACAAGUGUUGUAUAGCUACCGAAUGGGUGUGAAAAACAUGUGUGUUGUUGUCAAUAUAUUUUAUUUAUUUUAUUUUCGAGGGAAGGAGAGGGGGAGGAGGUUGUGCAAUUUCUCCCGUGUAUUUUUUAUUUUUUAUUUAUUUCGCAACAAAACCCUUUGCAGGAGUUUUUUUUUUUAAUAUCUAUGUUGAUAUCCACGUCAGUCCUUUUUAUCACAGCCCAAGCACUAUAAGUGUAUAAUACUUUGUAAUUAUGAAGUCCGACAGUCAUCGACAUUCGUACCUCUUGCAACACUUGUUGUACAGUCGAACCUCCAUGUGCGACCACUUAUCCAAAACACCAAAAACAUUUUUCCUAGUCAAAGCUUUACAGGUGGAACCUUUAGCAACGCACCUCCUGUAAGCGACCGCGACCACUUUUAGGGCCUGACGAUUAAUGAUUUUCCAUGAGCAUUGUUUUUUAAACUCUAACGUGUGAGCGACCACUUGACACACUCUGAUCUCUAUUUUUCGCUGUGUGCACUGUGUUACUUAGAACAUACAAGUUAGUGAAAACAUGAAACUACACAUAUCCUAACUUAGAUAUUGGAUGCAGUCUUUGCAUUUUGGGCCAGGGUUGCUUUAAUACGAGAGGUUCGACUGUAUUUUAAAACCAUCGUAAAACAUUAUAGAGCCAUUCAAAACGUGCUCCAAACUUUCCAGUAGUUCUAGUUAGCCAAGCCACUGUUACUCUACAUUAACAUUAGAACCACUGGCUUUCUAUAUACACUUCUCAAUUAAAAUCUUUUGAAACAAGGCUUGAAAUAACGAACCAGUUAGGCACCAUGUACAUUUUCAGGUCGAACGCAUGUUUGCACUAAGAGCAUUUUCAGGUCGAACGCAUGUUUGCACUAAGAGCCAUUUUUUCAUUACUCUUCUUGUAACCAGUUUAUCACAAACAUUUUCCAAUGCCGAUCACUUGCUCAAAAAGAAAAAACAAAAGCAAAAAACAAAAGCGAACAUCACAUUUCCAAAAACUACGCGGUUCUCGUCGCAUUUGAACAUGCCUUCCAAUUUUCUCAAGAACUCUCUUUGUCUCGGUUUAUUUCUUGCUUCAAAAUUAACUUGAAAACAGCUCCUGCUAAAGUUUUUUCGAGGCCCUCACUUGCUUAAUGCAAAAUAAUCCUGCAAAAACUUUCGAAAACGGGCAUCAUGUUGAACAAACAAAAAGAAACAAUCUUCCACUGACGUCAUCCUUGUGUCCACACGGCUAAUAGAUCAUAGGCAACGACCAAUCACAGUGCGUUAAAUAUUCCCCAACACAUUGGACAAAAGAAUUUAUUGAUUAGAGAAAGCUGCAUUAGUCUCUGUAUCUCGCUACCAGAGUUCUUACAGGUGUGGUAGAACUGGCAACUACUAGUAAGUGAGAAGCUGUCCAAAACAAACGUUCAUAUCAAAUCUAUAUAUCUAAAUACAAUGUGCUGCAGGUCCGCAGGGUCUCCCCGGACAACCAGGCUCGCCUGGUCUGCCAGGACCUCCAGGUCAACCAGGAUCUCCAGGUUCACGAGGAAAAACGGGAGCACAGGGACCCCGUGGUCGCCGAGGUCGUCCAGGAACACCCGGAAAAAACGGCCCUCCUGGUAGAAAGGGUCCUCGAGGAAAACCAGGGAAGACCCUCGAUGUCAAUGUCACUGAGCUUCAAAACCUUGCAGAACAAUUACAGACGUCUGCUCAAGGAGAUAUAGCAAUGUUUGGUGAGUAAAACACUGAGCUAAAUGUAUUUUACCAGAACAUAUUGCACAUGAUUUGUCUCUUCAUCUUUGCUGUCAUUACUUUUUAUAUUCCAUUUUCACACGAAAAAAAAUAUGAUAUGUUAGUAGAACUCGUUGUGAUUGAUUUGAUGUGAUUAAUCAACAGCUCCUCCUAGGUUUACAAGGAAACCCCCACCACUUAUCUUCAUAAAGGAGGGUGGUAAUCUGACUCUAAGCAUUUCCGUAUCCGGCAAUCCACAACCUAAAAUUACCUGGUCUGUACGCCAGAAGACCCAAGGAAACAAAAGACGAGUCAAGAGUACAGAAAACAAGUUUGAGAUUAAAAAUGUUCGGUUUGAAGAUGAAGGAGUGAUCACGUACCGUGCGGAAAAUGUGUUCGGUGCUCAAGAAAAUGAAAUAGAGCUCACUGUAUUAGGUGAGUAGAAAGUUCUAGAAUAGCCUAAGUGACCGUUAACUCAUCCAACAACAAAUAGAUAAGACAAGACAAGACAAUGUUUUAUUUGGAGUCUUAUACAGUCCUAUGUAUAUCGACUUUAUCCAAAUAAUUUAAAAUCAUGACACAAAUUGCACACUAGUGGAACUAUAAUCAAUGUUAACCUAAACAACUAAUGAUCUUUUCCCAUAGCAGUCGAAUACGUAUUUUACAAUUAACUUUUGCACUGGUUUGUUCUUGCUCGGAGGGUUAACAACAGAAAAACAUAAUCUGGUGCUAUUCUGUUUACUGAUAUUCUGUAUUCUUUGUUUAAGUAUUCAAAUAAAGUACUUCUUUUUUUUUUUGAUACGCAGGGCACAGGUUAAAAAGUGUAUUUCAUCUUCUACGUCUUUUUUACAGAUAGGACAGAUCCUCUCUUCUGGUUUCUCAUAAGGUCUUACAUACCGACCUGUCUCUAUCGCCAAUUUGUGAUUACUUAGACGGAGUUUAGUUAGGGUUAUCCGGUGUUGGACGUUGGUGAUCUGACGGAGAUAAUCUUCACAUUUAUAAUUUUCUAUUGUUUUAAAUUUUCGAAAGGUUCUUAGUUUGUUCUUUUGGUUGGCGUCUUUUCUUACGUCAUUGUUUACGUCACUUAACCAUCUUUGUAAUUCGAUGUCUUUCAGUCUUUGUUUGAUAAUGUUCAAGAUUCCUAUGUCAUUUUCAUGUGCUUUUCUCCAGAGGUAUCCCAGCCCUAUUUGGUCUAAUACGCGUUUGAUUUUUUGGCUCCAUAAUUCCUUAUUCAUUCUCGACGUCAUAUCAUUAUAAACCACCUGUGAUAAUUUGUGUUUUGGGUGUUUGGUUAGAGUUAGCCAAAACUUAAAAUUCCUAUAUUGUGCUUCGAUCUUCAUUGGGAAUCUUCCUGUUUCAGCCCUACAUGCAUUGUUGCUGNGCGGGGGGGGGGGGUGGAGAGGGAAAUAAAAAAAUCCUUACAUAGAGUUGUAUUAUGCAGUGUUCCCUGUCAUCAAAGGAAAGCUGAGCUCUUGCCUCUCCUUUGAUCACUUAAAAAUUGUGACCAACCCUCAUGGAAAGCGUUAGCUAGGUCACACGCGUAACAAUCUUUACAUAGCGAAAAAAAAAGUAAAUUAAAGAUAAAGGAACAGUGCAACAAUUUUUUCCCAGGCAAAGCUUUACAGCUGGAACCUUUAGUAAACCACCUCCUGUAACCGACCGCGACCAUUUUUAGGGCCUGAUGAUUAAUAAUUUUCCAUUGUUUUUAACCUCUAACUUGUAAUUAAAACACCGACCACUUGACACAUUCUCUGAUCUCUAUUUUCGCUCUAUGUACUAUUUUACUUAUAAUAUACAAAGAACGUUGGUGACAACAUGGAACUACACAUAUCCUAACUUAUACAUUGCGUGCGAUAAAUUAUCUUCAAUAAAGUAUAUAGAUGUGCCUGGACCUCUUGUCGGAAGAUAAACCCCUGUGGUUCGAUUCUUGUAAACGACGAUCACAUCCCGUAAGCGACCACUCGCAGUCUUUUCAUUUUGGGUGGUCGCUUACGAGAGGUUCCACUGUAUUUUAAAACCAUUUUAAAAUAUUAGAGAGCCAUUCAAAAUGUACUCCAAACUUUCCACAACUUGUAAUUAGCCAACCCACUGUUACUCUACAUUGGAAAAACUGGUUUUCUUUAUAUACAUUCUCGAUUAAAAUCUUCUGAAACAAGGCUUGAAAUAACUAACUAGUAAGACGCCAUGGACAUUUUCAGGUCGAACGCAUUUUUUGCACCAACAGCCAUUUUUCGGCAGUCAGAUAUUGUUAAUUAAAAUGAUAUUUAACGAAUGUUGAGGAACCUUUAACAGGACAAUUCUUAUAUCUCAGGUGCGAAUAAACAUUUUGCAACACUAAAAACUUUCAAAUAAAACUAAUAGUAGUGCUUCCUGCCACCAAAAGAAAGCUGAGCUUUUAAUGCCCCUCCUUUGGUCAGUUAAACAUUGUGACCAACACGACUGGGAAGCGGUAGCUUUGUCACGCGCAUACCAAUCUUGACAUAGCGAAAAAAAAUUGUAAAUUAGAGAUUUAGGGACAGUACAAUAAUUAUCAGAACGGAACUUCUGAAAUUGCAAAAGAGGGCAAACAGUUAACUUCACCCCCUCCCCUCCCCCUUGUACAAAGGAUGAAAUAACUUCUUAACCCUCUCUCUGUUAAAGCAACUUUUGAACGCUUUCUUCAAUGCAACAAUUCUGACAAGUUGUUGACACCAAGUAAUAUUUUUGUGCGGCUAAGAAUCAUGUUGUUCCGAAGAUGUACAGGCUGAAAUUAAUAGUUUAUUGAAGUAACUUAUAGCAGCUUUCUAAAACCUUUCAUCAGCUUAUUACAAAGGAAAAGGCAGAUUUCACAGAUUAAUUUAGUAAUGUUCCUAAGUCUCCAAAAUCACAACUGAAGUUUGUUGCACUCCACCAUUCUUGUUACUGAGUUUAAUUUUCUUCACAGGUGCCCCGAGGUUUCCAAAAUCUCCUCCUGGACCAGCAACUGGUUUCUUGGGUAAAGAGACAAAAUUGCUUUGUGACCUUCUAGGAAAUCCAACUCCUGAAGUUAAAUGGACCAGAUCUCCCCCAGCUCCUCUCCCUCAGGGACGCAGUGAAGUAAGAAAAGACGGCCUUUACAUUACCAACACCAAGCUUGAGGACGGGGGGGUAUACACGUGUAUUGCGACCAACGAAUAUGGCAUGGAAAUUCAUGGGACAUUCCUCAACGUCAAGGCAGUCGGUAAGUGGCAAACUUGACCACAUCAAAAACCUGACGUGAUGUUUACCACUAAGUUGUAAUUCUACUUUGGAACAGAAAUCGUAUGGCACUUUUGCAUGCCACCGGAGAACACACAGUCUGAACAGUCCAUGAAUUUAAGAAACCGAGAUAGGUUAGCAUCUACGUACUCAUAAGAAUGCAGCUGAUCCAAGCUAGUUUUGGCGACAAUAAUCAGUACAUGAACAGUCUGAACUUCGAGCCCAGAGAUUUCCAACAAAGAAUUGAUUAAUGAAAAGGCAUUAGCACGAAUAAUAACUUAAACUUCAGUUCUCUUUACCAUAUCUCUCCUCAGAACCACCUGUAUUCACCUCAGUACCCCAAGCUUUGGUCAAUGUAUCGAGAACCGACGAAGCGAUCCGAGUCAGCUGUUCCGCUACGGGGUCACCUCUUCCUAAAAUCACGUGGUACAAGAACAACGUUACACUUAUACGCUCCCCCAAUAACGUCACCAAAGACGAAGUUACCAGCGAGCUCGUGAUUGAUCAGUUUCAGACUUCUAUUCAGACACAGUAUACAUGUGUUGCUCGAAACGAGUAUAACGAUGAAGUGACGGCAAGUACCAAGUUAGGUAGGGCGCACGUGCUCCUAAAGCUCUUUUCUUUUUUUUUUAACACAAUCCUUAGUCUAAUAGAAUGUGUUCAGAACCCCAUAAAUGUUAUGAAAAAAUUAUUAAUUAUUAAGCCGAUUACAUUACAACGCACCUCAGACACCUUUGAUGUCCUCAGAAUGGAAUACACAUGCAUAUCCAGAAAGUGGUUGAAGAACUAUCCACGACCUGCUACAAGAAGCCAAGAUGGGGGCGAUCGAUGGCAAAAUAAAAGACUGUUAACAGUCGAUCGGUGAUAAAUAUAAUUAAACGUUUACAGUUAAGGUGCUAGUUGUUUUAUAGAGAUUGAACAGCGGCACAACAUUGUUUAAAUAGGGUGUGGGGGAAAGCUUCAUAUUUUCCCCUUUGAAAUCAGGAAAACUUCAGAAAGGGCCCUUAUUGUCGCCGAUUGUAAGCUGAUCUUUGGACUUAGGUCUUACUCCUCUUGCUUUCCGAGAAGGCAUACAGUAUCGAUGAUAACACUAAUUUAAAAAAAUCUUGGUUCUAGCUGGGCAGUGGUUUUGGCUUAGUCCCACGAGACUGUUCGGGUAUACUCUAAUUUUCUCGUCUGGUCCAAGACGUCAAACAACGCACCCGUUUAUUUUCUUAGCUUAUAUUUUGCAAUUUCCUGAGAUUUUUUUUGUCGGCAUAUAAGAAAUCGUGAUGGAGGCGACCAACAUCCUUAACCAGGCGAAAAUUAUAGUGAGUGUAAACAGUUUAGAAAAUAACAUGAAAUGUAUAUUUUUUGUCAUCAAAUUCCAAAGCAAGAAGCCCCUAAGCUCUGUUUACAAUCAAAGUGCCACAACCAUCACAUUUUUAAAAUCAUUUAAGGUGAGCAGUUGGCAGGGCUGGGUGGGCAAAGCAAAAAAAUCCACACGUAUGCGCGGUCCAACACCCGGGGUCCCUCGCCCAACACUUACUUCCAACUUUCGUACUCGGAGAAUUGACACAAGUUUAUUUAUAUUCAUUUAUUUUUAUAUAUUUUUUCACCUCUAUUCAUUUUUUUAUUAAUGAAAGUUUGUUUAAUCUUCACUUGCUGCUGAGAAACUGAACGGCGUGCAUUGCGUUUUAUAAAGCGACGAAACUCAACAUGGUCGAUAAUGAAGACCCUCUAAAACUAAGGAUACUGUAUCAAGUCCCUCGUUGAAGUUAUCCUUUGAAACUCGUUCACUUAGGUGGUUACUUUUCUUUCUUUCCACUGUAUUUUUUUAAAAAAACUAGUUUGCCUACUUUGAGUCUGUUUCGCCAAGAUGCAACGUAACUGGUAAGGAAAUCCCAAGAUACCACACACUAAACGAUGUGACUAUCUCACUGCACUGCAAUGCAUAUAUGUUAAAGCUUUUGCAAUACUGUAACUACAUAAUUAUAUUCAUGCAAAUAAAGCUUAUGUUGUUGUUGUUGUUGUUGUUGUUGUUGCAUACAUAAUUAUUUGACCCGGACCGUUGAUGCUGGAAAUUAAAAUCUCCAUUAAAUUCCGUCGUGUUGAGCCUGCGCAACCCUGUUGCUUUGCUUUUGCACGCCUCUUGGCCAGGUGUUAGCCAGUUUAACUGAGUUCAGUGGACGUUUCUUAGAAUUUUCGCCACUCGCACCUCCCAAUUGUGAUGGUUGACGUCGCAUACUUACGUUUUUCGGCAUGCCUAUUGCCAUGGCCUUCGCGGUUUCCUUCCACAACUUAGAUACCCUUGACGUGAAAAUAGGUAUGCAGUGCCAAUAUUUUCCAAGUUUACUUAGCAAGUUUUAUCGUAUUCUUCUCUAUAGUUUUACGCGACUGUGGUGACCCAGGCGAACCAGACAAUGCAAUUGUUAUCAUGGGAAAUCACUGGGCAGGGGAGUAUAUCAGAUACCUCUGUAAUCCGGGAUAUACUAUGAUUGGUCCCGCAGUCAGAAGAUGUUUGCCCAGCGGUAAAUGGAGUGGAAAUACACCAACAUGUAAGAAUGUGAACUCACUGCAAUCCACACGCUCAAAUGUUUGUUUUCGUUCGGAAAAUAAUACAAUAAUUUUACAUUUUUGUUUACCUAACAUCAUUUUUUUAUAAUUUUUUUGUAAAAGCUGGCAGUGUUAGCUGUCACCAACUCAGCCAUUCUCCAUUAUUUGCUAAAUCGGAAAGACAAUUCAUGAUUGAAAAAAUAGACAAAUUUAUGUUUCAAUACUGAUAUUUAACAGUCCGAAUGGCCUCUGAGUCAAUAGCCCAUUCCGCUUUCGGCCAAAUGGGCUAAUGACUCAGAGCCCAUUCGGGCUCCAGGAAUAAUUGUUUUAGAACAAUCCAACUGAUUGGUCAAAAAUAUCGAGACAAAACAACUUUAACUAGCAAAAGGCGUUUCAGCCGCCAUUGUUUUGGUUUUCAAAGCCGGCGCUUUUCGCUACUAGUGGGCUAUAACAUAUAGCCUAGUAGUAGCCCAACCAAUCAGAACGCAGCAAUGAUGAUAUACCCCGAGUUGGAUUUUACUAAAUAUUAUUACUUUCUUAGCUUUAAACAAAAAAAGAAUUUAAAAAAAUGCGAAUUGGCCUUGCUGCAAACGCAAAGCAAUCAAUUGCAAACAUAUUUAUAUUCCAGGUGGCCUCUCCCAUAAGACUAUAGCAGUAAUGUUUCUGAUAGUGUAGCUCCUCACCUCUUUGAUGAUUAUGAUGAUAAUGACGAUGAAAAUUAAAGCUCAGCUGAUUAUGUUGAGUCGUCUUCGACAUAGACUGUUCCAGGCGUUCAAAUAAUUUAGUGCGGGCGAAAAAAAAUGACGACGAGGAAAACAAGCGAAGGGAGACUUAACUCACUCCCCUCUAGCUAACCGCCGCGCUCUACUGUCUGAUCGACUGGAACAUGCCAUCUUCGACUAAAUUAUCUUUUAUAGGAAAAUUUAACUUAAUAUAUGCUAUUAUCUCAAUAAUAUUUUCCGGUUGGCAGUUGAACUUGUGUGUUACUAAACAGAGCCCGUUACCCUGUUACUAAGAUCCUCUAAUCCAAGAGGGGGAAGGUAACUCUAUUGUUUUCCACCUAAGUUUCUUGACCCACUCCGCCUGCCAGUAUGACGUCACAUAGUAACGGGCAAAAGCCUCGGGUCGCUUUUGUAAAUUAGCAAGGGAUACGACAGUUAUUUGGACGAGCAAGUUCGAGGAAAAGCAAAGAAGCUAACUAAUAUGGCUAUAUAUCGCUUAUUUGAUCGAAUGUGUGUGAACUUUGGUGUUGCUAUAAUCUGCUUGUGUAAACCGUUUUGAUAUUUUGUGUCCGUGACUGAAAAAUUUUGUUAAUUUGUUUUGCGAGCCGUGUUGCGGGAUCGCCAUCUAUUUCACGGGACCGGCAAGGUCAUCAAAACUUCAAUCUUUUUUUUUCUCUAAAAUAGGCAAGGUCUAGUAUCCAGAAUAGGAGGUUCCAUUCACAGAUCAUGCAUGUUUAUAUUUCAACUAUUCUUUUGCUAAUUAAAUGGGCCUAACUUCAUGUCAUUCCUUUCGAGUGCGGGCCUCUGUUGAUCUCCUAAUUCUCCACCAAAUUCAGUAAAGCUAGUUCGAUCGAUUAUACAUCGAGUCGGCCUGUUGAACCGGAAAUAAUGCGAAAUAGCUUUGAAAUACGCGCUUAAGCUAGUUUUCCUCAAAUGUAUAUUUGAAUUCAUGAUAAAUACAGCUCCAACAGCUUCAAACAGCGUCAUACGGCAGAGAAAAAUUGUUUUGAUAUGACAAAAUUAAUUUUUUUCAAAUCAUGUGUGUCACCGCGUGGUGCAGUGGUCAAGGAGUCUCUUGCACGUGCAGAUAAACCGGGUUCGACUCCCGGCGACGCUGCUUUCUGUUUCUUUGUACCGUUCUUUUUUUUCCUGUUUGGUCUAUUUUUUUAACACUAUUUUUUCUUUUGGUCUUUUUUUCUUUAUUCUUGCUGCAGACCCUGCUGGUUAUGCACUUGGAUCAAUGAUAUAUAUUUUAACCGGAAAAGGGAUACAAAAGCUCUUGAUCUGCAUACUGGCCAAGCUUACGACCAGAUAAAAACCAUGAGCUGUCAAUACAUGUCCCUCCUCUGAAACAGCUGAUUUUCCUUUUUCAGUGUUAGUUGACAUCAUGACACACAGUACACCACAAAGUGUACUAAUUUACACCCAACACCCACCAGUGACCCACUGGCGAAAGUUAAACUUGCCUUUUGUACAUCGUCUUAAUCAUCAAUACCAUUACCCUAAAAUCUCCACUGGGUUUGCCCCCCCAAAAAAAUUAAACGAAACCUUUUAUUCGUUUUCGGGAUUUAAUUACAGAAUUACAGGGGUAUGCCCAAUACAGUAUUACAAUGCGGUAAAGCAACAAGAUUCAAUGCGCACAGUCUCUCACAAAUACCUGUCAUUUAGCUUCCCCUUUCAACGCUAAAGCUACGCGAACUUUGAGAGGAAUGAUACUGGGUUUCACUAGCUCUGAAGUGCUGAAAAUACGCAGAAUGUAUAGUGUAAUACAUCCUUUGAUGAACCUCCUAUUGCUGUGUCUAAACUCCUCAAUCUUGCUGUGUACUGGCCCUCAAAAGUGUGACCGGUCGGUAUGAUUGCCCGUAGAAUUUGCUCGACGAUAGAAAGGAAUCUUUACAUUUUAUUACACCACUACUGGACAUUUCAUUCCAAAGAAGUACUUAAAUUUAGUUUUCUAUGACAAUAGAAACCUAAAAUCUCCAAAUCCAAGAAAUUAGAACGGUAUUUCCGUGAUAAAAUCGAAAUAUUUAUCCGUCUCUUCGAUGAACACUUUGCUCGCCAUUUUGAAAGUCACUGACGCGAGACGUGACGUCAUACUGGCAGGCAGACUGGACCACAGAUUUCCUUGGAGAUACCUCCCCACCUCCCCCCCCACCCCCCCUCCCCGCUCUAAUCAUGCGCGAAAUAACGACGGUAACCCUUUGCAUCGGAUAAGUGUGGAAGCAAUGCCCAUUCGAAAGAAUGCACGAGACCCCUUUAGCUUAAGAAAGUGGAUAAUUGUACCAAUCCCUCAGUAUACUAUAACUAAAUUUAAAAAUUCAAAUUUUCGUAGUUUUUUAUUUAUUUAUCAUUGUAAAAAGAUAUUCUUUUUUACUAAUUUAUAUUCACAUUCGUUUUUAACAGUUCUCAAUGUUUCAAUUUUUAUAAUUUCUAAGAAUUUCUAAGACCCUUUAUUGUAAUCAAUUUUAUACAUACACGUAGGCCUUUUAUCAUUAUUUUUUUUAGAGGAGGGUUACUAGGGAGAAUAGUUUCAUAGUAAUAGGUCUCACCGUACCCGUCUUUAAAGAAAGGUUAUUGUUUAUUGCUUCCUGUUACAAGAAGAUUUUAGUCCUAGUUGGCGCACGCAUCGGUCACUGAGAGCUGGCGAAAUGAUAAUGAAUUUCUUUCUCCCUUUUUAACGCAGGAUUUUGCGGAUAAGACAUUCAAUCACUUCAGUGCUGCUAUAAAGAAAAUCGACAACAAUUUUCCCUUGACUACUUCUUAUAAAUCAUGCGAUGAUAGAAAGAACGUCUAAAUGUUCCAAACUGAACCUUUCAGAGGAAACGUUCCUCUGUUGUCGUGAAUCUAUUUGAAAUAUGAAAUUUUUUUCGUAGUCAAAAGUCUGAAUCAUUUCAUAAGCAUGUAGAUUUAAAAAGAAAGGUCGGCUUUUUAUGUGCAAUACAUUCUCAACAUUAUCAUCGUCAUCCUUAUCAUUAUUUAACGGCUUUUCCUACUUCAUGCUGUCUUCGAAACUUUGAUAUUAUCAAGGUAUGAAUAGUUCACUGGCACCUAUUGCAAUGUCAUCACCAUAUCCACUCACCAUUUAUAUCAUGAUUAUGAUUAUUACGCCAUAGGGCACACAGAGCGCUAAAAUAUUGAGCCUCUCUAUGGCUACCUGUCCACGUCGUUUUCGUCGCGCGUUUUCUAAAUCAAAAUAAUAGUCGGUUUUUCAACGAAAUCGUCGUACUAGCGACCUCGAGCUGCAACCAGCGGUGACGAGAGAAACAAAAUAUGAAAACAAAACCUACAGGUUUAAUAAGCAAAAUCAAACAAUCUGCAUUUGAAGUACACUUUUUGGCGGAUUCUUUUGCCAUCACCGCACGACUAACGUUGUCAAACUUCAUCGGAAUGGCAAUGCGAUCGUCGCUUUCAUCAACUCUAUCUCGUCGCGACUACGAUUUUAUCUGAAAUACCGACAGAGCGGCUCAAUAUUCCCGCACUUUGCCAUAUUGUUAGCUAAGUUUUCUUUUUUGUCUUUUCAGGUAAUAAAACAGAGUGUGUUGAGCACAGGACGAUAGAUGAUGAUUCAAGAUCUCAUCGGUAUUCUGCUAGUAACAAUAAUAAAAAUGACCGCUAUCUCCCCGAAGGCUGGUACAGAUUUGUGACGCGAACACGAAUGAACACAAAAUGUGUUACUUCCGGCAAUAACUACUGCAACACAGCUUAUAUCGGGUAUUUAAGCCAAAAUCAUCCGUCUGUUGAAGAGGGGAUUGUUACGCGGCAAGUGUGUUUCAGUUAUCCUUCUUAUUGUUGUCGUUAUUCCACCUACAUAAAAGUACUCAAUUGCGGUUCAUUCUACGUGUACAAACUCAAACCCACACCAGUUUCUUGGGCUCGUUAUUGUACCGAAUAG